UUGUGAAAUUUUCCACAAUGAAGUCCUUCGCUUUCAUAGUUCUGUUCGCUUUCAUUUCUUUAUCGAAUGGCAUCAAUAUAAAUCUUAUAUCAAACUUUACUGUUAACAUAGUCAAGACCCAGCAAGUGGUUCUGUUUGGAUGCAGUGAGGAAGAUUUACUGAAUAUUGGCAAAUCCCUUAUCAAUCAAAAUCGCCUUGUACUCUUUAUUAAUCUUAAAAGUAACUUUUCAUUCGAAAAUGCGCUGACAAGAUACAAUCAUGUCAGAACUUCGGUCAUUUUGGAUUGCACUUGUUCAGAGUGUACAAAAAUGCUUCGAUAUUAUUCUGGCAGUAGAUCCUUCAACAAAACGUACCAGUGGAUGAUUUGGGAUGUGAAUAAUUAUGGUUUAAGUGAACUGGAAAUUAAUGAAGAUCCUAUUAUGAUAGGGCCGAAUGCCCAGUUAACAUUUGUAAAUUCGAGUGAAGAUGGAAGUUACUCCUUGUAUGAUGUCCAUUCAAAGGGGCGACAUAUUAAUGCACCCCUUGAAGUCACACACUAUGGCGAUUGGAACUAUGAUAAGUUAAUUAUGCACAAGGAUAUUUUUUAUUUGCAGGGAAUUCAAAACAGGGGCCAUUUUAAUGGAUUGCAGUUACGUGGUGUUGUAGUGAUUGAUCGGGACAACAUCACCACCGACGAACAAAUCCAUAAGCUCGUCACUAGCACCAAAAAAGAAGAUGGUCUUGCGACUUUCAUAAAAUAUCACUACCAACUUAUUGGUGUCAUGAAAGAACACUUGCAAUUUACAGUUAAAUAUCGAAAUGUACGCAGUUGGUCUGGCCGACUACGUGGAGGACCAUUUCGUUUGGGCUUUUUAGGAGUUGUCAAGCGUAAUGAAGUCGACAUUGGAGCAUCAUCUGCAUUCAAACGAAUAAAUCGCUUCGCCGACUACGAUAACAUUCAUAUGAGUUGGAAAUUUGAUGCGACCUUCUUGUAUCGAUUUACAUCCGACAUAGAUGCGGAUGGUGCAAGUGGUGAUUUUUUGGCACCCUUCGUAAUGCAGGUUUGGGUAUUUUCGUGUGUUUUAACGGUUUUUCUGAUUUGUGUAUGGUAUUUCGUGUCUUGGUACAUGAGGCGCAAAAUUCGGGAGGAAGAAGAGGACAAGGAUGGAUUUUUGCUUAAAACCUUUGCGGCUCUUUGUCAACAGGGUCUUGAUCCGGUUCCAAAGAACUCACCAUCACGCUUGAUAGUUCUAACUCUGUUUAUAUUCAGCUUGAUGAUGUAUAACUUCUAUACAUCAUCGGUGGUUGGCGGACUUUUGAAUAGUUCUGAACGAGGACCAAAAACUGUCGCCGAAAUAGUCAAUAGUCCUUUAAAGUUGUCGUUCGAAGACAUUGGAUACCAUAAAGUUCUAUUUAAGAAUAUAACAAGACCAAUCGUACAGAAAAUGUAUGAUACAAAAGUUCGAACCAAACGAGGACCGAAUGAAUUGCCAGUUUUUACACACACAAAAGAUGCUGUUCCGUUUUUGAAAAAGGGCGGAUAUGCAUUUCAUUGCGAGCGAAAAGAUGCUUAUCCAGAAAUUGCUCGUCUUUUUGACGCCAACGAAAUUUGCGAAUUGAGAAUUGUUGCGGGACUCCUAGAAACGGAAAUUUUAUCCUGGUUUGUUGUUAAAAAUAGCAUUUACACAGAACUUUUUAGAAUAACGCUGUGUCGUAUAAGGGAAGUCGGAAUUAUAAAACGGACCUUAAUUAUUUAUAAUCCUGAAAAGCCGCAGUGUCAAGCAUCAUAUACAGUUUACCCAGUUGCGUUAUCGGGUGUAUCAAGUGCAUUUUUCGUUUUGGGAGGUUCUAUGCUGAUUUCUUGCAUAUGUUUGGCCGCAGAGAUAAUGCAGUUUCGCAUUAAAGACGAUUUCAAAUUUCGAACAAAGAAAUCGGAUGGAUUUUAAUAACAAGAGCUCAGAGACCUGUCGGUUAUUUAUUUCACUAUAUAAAACAUAAAUAAUAUAGGUACAUAGGUAUACCUAUUACUUUAGAAACUCAUAACACAAAAAACAUUGGAAAU